GUCCUUCUAUGGUGCUACAACAAAUCUUCAAAGAGAUAUUACUGACUGAUACAGAAACAGCCACUAAGUUCCUAGACACAUUGAUCAAUCAGUUGAACUGGUCUUUUUCUGAAUUCAUUGGAUUAAUGCAAGAGAUUCAGCAGCGGGUUUCGAGAACCGAGUUGCGUAUUUUGGAGGCUCGUAAUCUGAAGAUCUGUGCCACGUGUUUUGAGAUCGCCGUCUGUCUGAUGAGGGUCCUGGAGAUGGUGGUCUGUGUCGCUCCGGAGACCGUGUUAGAUUUCUCCCGAGACUCCGCGGAACUGCUGCUGGGGAGGCUAGUACAGCUUCUAUGUCACGUGCUGAACCGAGUGACGAGUAAGAGUGGGGUAUUUUGUACCGUGAUCAGUCACUCUAUCCAGGGGUUGGAGGGCGUGUCACAUUACCCCAUACUGGCCGUGACAGUGGGGGUCCUCAAUCAGCUUGUGAUGAAAUCCAGUGAGAAAAGCCAGAAGAAAGUGAUAUCAUGUUUGCUGUCUGACCCUGCCUUCCAGAUCUCCACCCUGGAGUUCACCCUGGGGACUCCCCUCCCCCUAGCCUCACCCAGUACUGUGCCAAAGGGGAAGAAAGACAAGGAAAAGAUUUUCAAUUUCGAAACAUGUGAAGAAAUGAGUGAAAAUGAAACCAAAGCUGUGAGAGAUCUAAUCAGCUUCAUCAAAAAUAAGCAGGAGAGCUUUGAGGAAUCUUGCGAGAAUAUCAAAGAAGAAGACCUGUGUACAAUAUGCUACGCCAACCCUAUCUCGGCAGUGUUUAAACCAUGUGGACACCAGUCCUGCAGAACGUGCAUCAGUCAUCAAAUGAUGGGAAAGAAGGAAUGCUUCUUCUGCAAAAUAAUCAUAACUGCUGUGAAUGACCUUCAGGGUCACCAGAUUCUGACCAAUCAAACUGCAGGAACUGAAUCAUGAGUCUGGAGCCUGAUUUGCUGAUGCAGGAAAGGGAGAUUACUCUGCUGUGUUCCACAAAUAGCUACUGCCACUUCUCAUUGUGUGUUUGUUUUACCUAUUAUUUAUUUGUUAAAGUUACUUUUUUUUUAAACUUCCAAAUUUUUCAUAUUGACUAUAUUUUUUGAACCAAUAAUUAUCUUUGAACUAAAAACAAUCAAGUCAAACUAAG